UUAUUACUUUUAUCAGUUCUGUUUUUGUUCUCCAUUUAGUUGGAUCAUAAUUGCCUCAUGCUGUCAACCGGCUAUUCUAAUUGGGUGAAAGGAAAAAGUUCUAGUGAUAACAUAUCACGGACAACAACAAAUGUCAAUGUUUAAAAAUAAAUCAAAAAAUGGCAUGUAAACUAGCGAAAUCCAUACAUAUGUCAUGAACAUAUGUGAAAAGUGAAAGAUAACGCGGACGAAAAGAUCAAGGGGUGAUGUGGGAAAGAGAAAAAGUGGAUGACAAGUAAAUUUGCGAAAAAUGUGAGCAAGGCUUCCUCAAAAACGCAGUCGAUAAAUGCAACGGUCGAAAGAACGAAUGCAAUGGUAGUACGUCUAAGAAUUUGCAUUGCGGAGUAAAUUCAAAUAAUAGCAAUUACGAAAUCCAAUUAUUUCCCCAAAUAUUCUUCCUCCAAAGAAUAUUCAUUGAAAGUUAUAAAACGGCAUGCUAGGUCGCAGUGAAGUGGUUUGCACUAAACAAUUACGAAUAGCUUUGUCAACGAAUAAGUACAUACAUUAAAUAACAAGAGAUUCCUUAUUCUCUAAAAGUUGCUUAAAACAUAUUUUUUGUCGUUACCAAAAUGUUGACCUUAUAUUAUGCCAGUGCUACUUUUCUGCAGUCGCAGCGCAUUAAAAACGUGUGUACCAAGAUAUGCCAGCAAUUGGCUCAAAAGUCGAGCAUAGCUUUCUAUACUUUGCCCACAGGAACUGACGACGGUUUUGAUCCUACUUUAGCUGCAUCUGACUUGUGCUACAAUCGAAAUGCAGCGCGUGUUACCGAAAUACUUUGGUUAAAUGGCGUGCAUCGAGGCUGCUGUCUAUCACCGAUGCAGGUUGUUCAACUUAUGCCAUGGAUAUCAUUUGGAGAAAAUUCAGUGUCGCCAGAAACCAUGCUGUUACCCUUUGCGCAUUCAAAUGCUCCAGCAGCUUUGUUGGAACGUUUAGCGGGCUCAAGCAAAGGCAAAAUUUUGCAUCUACUAUUGGAGACUGAAACUCAACCUAGUAAUGAAAGUGACCUGGUGGAUUCUGUGCGGAUUGAAAAUUUUGGUAAGCUAAUAGCAUGGAAGGUUGACUCCCAUCUUGCUGUGCUCAUUGAGACUGAUGUGGAGCAUUUCACCAAAUUAUUGUUGUCCACAUACUUACAAAAUAAUUUCCUCAUAAAUGAUCAGCUACAAUUACUGAGGAUUGAGUCAAUUAACUAUGAAGGCAAGCCACAGCCAUUGAACAUGUUGGCAAGCCAUUUGCGAAAGCCCGUACGUCAUACCGAGCAGAAGUUAAGUGAAGAGGAGUGGCAGAGGCAUUUAGAUGACUUGCGCGCGUUAAGCGUUUUAGCCCAUCAAGCCACCGAAUUUGAAAGUCAAAAGGGUCGUGUUGAAGGAAAAGUUACUAGCGCCGUCCCAGUAAAGCCAGACCUAAUACCUUACGAGCAGCAGAAAGUUGCUCUGGAGAAAGAGCCUAAAGCUAGUGGCACGCAAGAAGUAGAGACCGCAGAAGUUGCCACUGCCGGCAAAUCUUCUACUACAACGCCCAGCACUAAAACAGCCUCAACAGCCACACCUACCAAAUCUACGGUUUGUACAAAAGUCCCUAGUGAAACUGAAACAUCGGCUAUGACCUCUUCACCUUUGGCAAAAAUGCGCGCUAAACCGACUGAAGUUAAGAAACCAGGUGCUGCAAAGAACACUGUUGGUGGCACUACGGCGGAGAGUCGUUUUAAAACCACAAAGAUCUCUGAACCUCUUCACAAUACGUCUAAGUCGUCACUGACAACAGAAACUUCUGAAGUGAAAUCAUUAGGAAAAACACCGGAACUUCGAUUCAUGGAUACACCAAUUACCAUAUCUGCGGCUGCUGCCGUCAUUACAACUACCACAGCACACGCCAAAAUGCCUUCCAGCAUUGUCGAAAGUAAACCUAGUGAAUUAGUUAAGUUGGCCUCGGCAGCGGUGUCGACAAUGAAACAAAAAUCUCCGGUCUCUGAAGUAACGCAACGGCCACCGAAUGUAAAUAAGACUAAUGGAAGCGGUUCGACCACUUCUGCAACAACAAACUCAACUGCGUUAUCUGGCAAUGACGCUACAAAGCGUCCAAGCUUAAAAAGACAUAAAGCAGAUUCUCGUCCAAGUAAACCAACCAAUAUAUUUGUGUAUUCCGAGAGCGCAAGUUCUCGUGAGGGAACACUAACUACGCUCAAGGAGAUUUUGGAACGCGACAAGUACACAGUCUAUGCAAUGUCCCCUCAGCAAUUGUCACAACAAUUUUGGAUGGAAAACACUGCUCUCUUGGUGGUUUGUGGCACUGUACCUACAAACAUUGGUGAAAUAUUAGUUGACUAUUUUUUGUGUGGCGGUAAAGUACUGUCGCUGUGCUCGGAUAUUUUGAAUUUUGUGUUGCCCAACUAUCGAACCGCCGAGGUUCGUGAAAACGAACUUGUACAGUUCUCGUAUGAUAAAUGGCAUAAAAUCAAAAUGAUGCAUCACAUUUUCUGUUAUCAACCUUCGCCGGUUAAGAAAAACUUUUCCACGGAUAGCGACGAUGCCACACAGUCCAGCGCUAAAAAANGAGCUCUAGUGUGUCCAAGGUCUGUCGAAUUGCGGGAUAUGCAUGGCGAAAUGCACAAUCUGGAUGUGAAGGUCCUGGGAACCGAGGAAACGUGGAAUACCCCGAGUUUGUUGUUGGCGAACAAUGUGCGGAGUGGAGGGCGAGCAGUUUUCUCGCAGGUACAUUUGGAAACCAAUCCUUCGCAAUUCGAAAUGGAUGAUUCGAAGUACAAGAUUUUAAAGCAGAACGAAAAAGUGCGUUUAGAAAUUUUAGCUGAUCUAUUGAGCAAGCAUUUGGAUGUGAGCGUACAGAAAAAGUCCGAGGCCACAAGUGAUGCCAAAUGUACCUAUCAGGAAGCAUAUUUUCUUGGACGACACGAAUCUAAAUUCGAAUUACUGGAGAAGCUAAAAGAAUCUGGUGCUGCCGGCAACAUUAUCACCACUUCCAAACUGACCAUGCAGUUCUGCGGCAAAGGCGAUAAAGCUAAAAGCGCCAAUACCAAUGUGCUUCCAAUACUUAUACAUUCCUGUCCUGAAGAUUUUUCAACAGUUGCAUAUUUUGAUAAUCUAAAAACAAACUACAUUGGACGCCUUCUCAUUUACGCGCCCAUUAUUAGUACCAGCAUGAAUGUUAUCAGUGAUUUGGAGUUAAUAAAUGGUAUUGCAGUUUUGGUGCGUCAACAAACGGAAGGUGUGGGACGAAGUAACAACCAGUGGCUUAGUCCACUAGGAUGCGCCAUGUUUUCCAUACAAUUGCAUAUUUCGUUGGAUUCACCGCUAGGUGGACGUCUGCCGCUGCUGCAACACAUUAUAGGAUUGGCUAUGGUGAAUACAUUAAAGGGCAAUAAAUUAUAUAAGGAUCUUGACAUCCGUUUAAAAUGGCCGAAUGACAUAUAUGCAAAUGGAGUACAAAAGAUUGGUGGUCUUAUUGUGAAAACAACAAUAUUCGGUUCUAAAAUCAUUGUAAAUUUAGGAUGCGGUAUGAAUUUGGACAACGAAAAGCCAACGACUUGCAUCAAUAGUAUGAUUAGAGAAAAUAACACCACAAAGCGUACGAAUAUGCCGUUGAUAAAAUAUGAGCAGUUCGUUGCAAUGACAUUUAAUGAGAUUGAAAGGCUUCUGGAGGUUGUACAAUCUGGCGAUUUUGAAUAUUUUUAUGAGCUAUACUAUACACAGUGGUUGCACGACUUACAAAAAGUAAAGAUAUGCGACAAAGCUGGAAAUAAAGAGGAGGCGACUGUCAUUGGUAUUGAUGAUGUUGGCUUUCUAAGGGUUAGAUCCGCUGAUGGUGUAAUACAAACUGUACAACCAGAUGGUAAUAGUUUUGAUAUGCUUCAAGGUUUGAUAAUACCCAAAUUCAAUUAAAUAUGGUAAUAGCUAAAUUUUAUCGAAAAAUAUUCGUGCUUCAUGGAAUCCGUUUUGAUUAUGUUUGUAUUAAAAGUGCAUUUAAAAUUUACCUAAUCUCCAAUGUAAGUUUUGAUAGUCCAAAGUAUAUAAUUAGAUGAUAGAUAAAAGGCAGAUGUAGUGACACGUUAGAAUGUUCAAACAGAAACAAUACUCAUAAAGGCAAUUCUGAACUAUAUAAUGAUAUUUAAAUCUAUACACUAUACUAUGUAUAAAUGCUGAUCUUAAAUAAAUUUAUAGUUAGACUACGAUUACUGAAAUAUACUUCGGCAAAUAUAGCACGCAGCCUCCUUCUUUGUAAUAUUUAAAUCUAUUUUUUAUUGAAAGCAAUUAAUAAUAGCAUCACAGCCUAAAAAUGUAAUGUUUUCAAAAGGAUAAAAAUAAAUUAUGAAUAGAAGAUUAUUUAACAAAAUAACUUUUAGUAAUUCUCAGUAGUUAUGGAUUUACUAAUAUCGGUUGUCAUUGAUAGUCUAAUUAGAUAUAUGUAAAUGUGUUUAUUCUACUGAUUUGGUAAUUUUAUUGUUAAAAUAUAUGCAAAAAUUCAUAUUACAAUCUAUUAUAUGCAUAUGCUCGUUGUCCUAUAUACUCAUGAAAAGUUUAACUAUUAAAAAUAAAAUUACGAACUAAAAACAAAAAAAAAAUUGUUUUACUAGCAUUCAACCUCUGUGGCUGAGUGAUUAGAGGCGCGUACAACCACUCCGUAGGAUCUGGGUUCGAUCCAUGGUCCGGGUAACAUAUAAGAGAGAAGGUAUUUUGUCAUGAAAAGGCUUCU